GCGGAGAAGGAGCCGGAAGUCCAGCGGGCUCCGGGCGUCGAGAUGGAGGAAGGCGAGUACGAGUCGGUUCUCUGUGUCAAGCCAGAGGUCCACGUCUACCGCAUCCCGCCGCGGGCCACCAACCGUGGUUACAGGGCUGCGGAAUGGCAGCUGGACCAGCCAUCAUGGAGUGGCCGGCUGCGGAUCACUGCAAAAGGGCAGGUGGCCUACAUCAAGCUGGAGGACAGGACCUCAGGGGAGCUCUUUGCUCAGGCCCCAGUGGAUCAGUUUCCAGGCACAGCUGUGGAGAGCGUGAUGGAUUCCAGCAGGUACUUCGUUAUCCGCAUCGAAGAUGGAAACGGGCGACGGGCGUUUAUUGGAAUUGGCUUCGGGGACCGAGGUGAUGCCUUUGACUUCAAUGUUGCCUUGCAGGAUCAUUUCAAGUGGGUGAAACAGCAGUGUGAAUUUGCAAAACAAGCUGAGAACCCAGAUCAAGGUCCCAAAUUGGACCUAAGCUUCAAGGAGGGCCAGACCAUCAAGCUCAACAUUGCAAACAUGAAGAAGAAGGAAGGAGCAGCUGGGCCUCCCCGAGCCCGGCCCGCCAGCACAGGAGGGCUGAGCCUGCUUCCCCCUCCCCCAGGGGGGAAAACCUCCACCCUGAUCCCUCCCCCUGGGGAGCAGUUGUCUGUGGUGGCAUCCAUUGUCCAGCCAGCAGUUGCUCCCAGUUCAGACUUGGAGACAUCAAUUGGAGGUGCCACUGUGUCCUGGCCGCAGCCCAAGCCUGCCGCUACUGCCACCGCCGACAUCUGGGGAGACUUUACCAAAUCCACAGGAUAUCUGAAAUCUCCCACCCCUCCCUAUCUAACCUUUCCAGGUCCACCUCCAGCCAGACUCAGCCAGGCACAGGCUGGGUCCAGUUCUGACCUGAGCACAACUCCUUUUCCUCACACAACUUCUGGAAAGGAGCUGCCUCAUCUGGGCAGAAGGAAGGAGGAUGAAGCACUCCCUGGCCAGCCUCUGUUCGGAGCAUGACUCUCUCCUCUCCUCUUCCUUGCCUGAACUCGCCUGACAGACUGGGCGUGUCAGGCAGUAAAUGGGCACCAUGUCGCGCUGUUUCCUGGGAUUCGAGCGUGCAGCCAGAACACGGGAGAAGAGUUGCAGGAUCCCUGUCCCUGUCUGUCCUCUUGACUUGAGAGAGACUCUGAGACUUCUUCCAUCGCAAAGACUCGUGUUAAACACAAGCCCCUUAAGCAAAAGAAGGGGUCGAGUGUGCUGCCUGGAUUCAGAUCACCCCUUCUCGGGGGGGUUACAGGUGUCACGUGAUCAGUGUCUGGAGGGGGGCUUUCCUCACUCCCAUUGGCUGUAGCCAUUCCAGUCAGGUGCCUUAAGAGGAGGGAUUCCUUCCUGAUUUCUAGCAGGUUUAUAGGCUGCAGCUUGGACAGAUAAUCAGGAGGGAAAUCAAGAGUAUUAUCCAGACUUUUAAGAUUUUUUUGAUACUUGCUUUGCUAACAUGCUGAUCUGCACUAACUCAUUGUCUUUGCAAAAGGCUUGCUUCUGUAGUCUGCGCCCGCAGGGGCCUCUGAAAGCAUUCCUCACUGUCAGUCGCAGGAGCUGCUCCGAGCCCCAGGAAGCAGUCUUCAUCUCGGCUAUGGGGCCUGGUUUCCGUGUUUGCCGGGCCGGGCAGACGCUGGAAACCAGGUGCGACAGUGUUUGCGCUGGAAAGUGGCAGCUGUUCUCAUGCAGGUG